AUGAAAGAUUCGUCUUCACCAGUUUCAACAGAGUCUAUUGGCGGCGAUGUCGUAAUGACUGUUGCAACUGAAUUAGCAACAGCGACGACAGAAACAAAGGAAACAACACCGACAACAAUAGCAACAGUAACAACACCGACACAAAGUGAAAACGAUGAGGCAGAAGAAGAGUUAUUCUUUAAACAACUAAAAGAUUUCUAUAUUGCAAAUGGAUCAUUUCUAAUGACAACUAAAAGACCACAGAACAAAGGAAAGUUUAUCAAACUGUUUGCCAUUUACAACAAGGUGGUGGAAUUGGGUGGAUACACUCAACUCAAUACAACUCUGUGGAAUGACAUUGCGAGUCAACUAGAGAUUUCAGGCUCAGUCAAAAAGAUCUACUUAAAAUAUUUAAUUGAUUUUGAAAGAACAUUUUUUAAACAAAAUGAAAAUACAAGACAAUCUGCAUCAUCAACAGCAUCAAUCAGUGAUAUCGUUGUGGAAGCAAUCGAUCCAAGCGCUGGCGGCACUCUAGGAAACAUGUUGAGGAAUUCAUUUUUAGUGGAUAAUGUCACCGGCUCGCAGAAACGAAAGCAAAUAACACCGUCUGCUGCCGCUGCUGCAUCGGCUGCUGCCAAUCAAUCAAACACAGAUAGAUCCAAUAAGAAAUUAAAAGAAGAGAAUUUUAGUAGAUUUGAAAAAGAUUUCAAGAGUGCAAAGACUUUAACUAUAUUUUCAAAGCAUUUGUUUAAGAGUGCGCUGGAAUCACAUGUGAUCAAUCUGAAGAAUCAGUUGUCACCAAAGUCCAAUACGACUUCGACAUCUCCACUCACCCUUACGAUCGCUACCAACAGCAGUGGAAAAGCAACCGCUGUCGUACAGAAUCUAGGUUCACCGGUAGGCGGACAAUUAUCACCUUCAUCCAACGGUUCUGGUUCAACGUCAAGCUCGAGUGGAAGACUAAUUAAAUUGAUAAAAACACCACCUCUUUCUUCCAAGAUAAGAGUACCAUCACCAACAACAACAACAACAACAACGACAACUACAACCACAACAACAACAGUUAAUAGCAAUCCACAAACACCACCAUCAGGUGAGGAAAUCGAUGUAGUUACAACACCACCUGAAUACAGAAAGCAUAGAGAUAAAGUAAAAGAGAAAGAGAAAGAGAAAGAAAAGGAAAAAGAAAAAGAGAAAGAAAAAGAAAAAAGCAAAACAACAGUAUCAAAUGAGAAUAAUAAUGAUAAGAGUAGUAAUAAGAAGAAGUUGAGGAAGACGGAUAAUGUUGACCUUCAAUCUGAUGAAGAUGUUUCUACUACUCAACCAUCAACAUCUUCAAAGUCAAGUAGCAUUAGUAGAAAAUCUGUAAAUAUUUCAAGUAGAUCGCAAAAUAAAUCUAAAUCAAAAGAUGAUAAUGAGGUGAUACAGGAGGAUAUAGGAGAUGAGAAAGAGGGAUCCAUGGAUAACAGGAAGCAAGAGAAACAAGAUGAAGAUGCCACUGAAGAGUUUGUAACCAUGGUUGUCGAUAAGCGAAGAAGAAAAGUGAUCGAUGAUACAACACCAGAACUAGAAGAAUCAAAGCUACCAUUAGAUAGUAAUAUUAAUAGUAGUAGUAGUAGUAGUACAAAAUCAGAAACAGUUACAGUAACAACAACAACAUCGAAAGAAACCACAGAGAAGUCAACAACAAAUGAGGAGAAAGAAACCAAACACUUUAGACUAAAGGAAAAGAAAAAGAAAGACUAUGCAUCCUACGAGAAGGAGAAAGAAGAAAAGAAGAAUAAAGAGGAGAAACAACAUCAGGAGGAGAAGAAUAAAGAUAGUGAUAAAGUGAUAGAGAAAGAUGAAUCUAAUACUGUAGAUAAAAUGGAAAUUGAUCAAAAACAAAAUAAUAAUACAACACCAUCUAAAGAUAAAACAUCAACCUCAACUUCAACAAUGACAUCACCUUUAAAACUAAAUUUAACAUCGCAUACCUCACUUUCACAAUUUCCAGGUUGUUACACACCCCUCUUUGCUGAAUCAGUCAUACAAAACAACAAUUUCACUGACGGUGACUACUCUGUGAUGCAAAAGAGAAUAGAGGAACUGAAACAACUAGACAAACUUGUCAUCGAUUAUAUAUCAAAAAUCAACGAGGAACGAAAUAUCUUAUUGGAAAUUUUAUUACAAAAACCAAAUAAAUCGCACUCCUAA